CGCGACGAUCUGUGUGACUUGCCACAAGUCGUGCGCAGUGAUUGAAGUCUGUCUGAUUCUCGGACCUUGUGUUGGUGGUGCACCUUCUGAGGGGCAUACGUACACGUACACAUACGACCUUUUUUUUACAUAUUUUUGGACGGAAAUGCGCCCGGAUAUAUCCAGGUAUGGCCGUGAAUGCGGUCAGAUACAUUCGAGAUAGUGCUACCGUAGUGUGAGUACGCCCUGAGAAAAUACGAAAAAAAAAGACAAAAAAGAGCAAUGAAAAAGAAGGACAUGGUGUCGAGCGCUCUCUCGCACGGGACUGAUUUCGACUGGAACGCCGUCGCACACUGAAGAGGGCAUCGUACUCAUGCCAAUACCUUGUUGGCAGUACUGAUUUCCACUGGUUUCUGGACGUAAUUGCCGCCAGAUACACGGCGUGUGAUUGGAAAAUCCUACCCUGUGCGAGAAGGAUCGGAUCGGUCUGAUCUACAUCCAAAUGCUGGCUGUGUCGCACGAUUAUUUCAUUUCUCAAUCGAUAUCGUCGCUGGCUGUCGCACAAUGAUUGCAAACGAUACUAUCGCUGUCACGCAGUGAUUGCAAACGAUAUUGCUGUCGCUCAAUGAUUACCACUGCCGCACAGUGAUUACAGCUGCUGUCGCACAAUCAUUUAUCGCUGUCGCACAAUGAUUUUGAACGAUAUCGCUGUCGCUCACUGCUGAUCUCGAGCGUUGCUACAGAACGGAUUGGACGGCUGGGUGGGUGUUAGGAGGGGAAGGCCGGGGGGGGGGUGGUGUGUGGGGUGGGGGAGGAGAGCUGUUGCGUGCUUGGUAAAGGAGGAAGGGUUCCAUUUUCUUUUUUUUUGUUCUCUUUUUUUUUUUUUUUGAUUUUGUUUUUCUUGUCAUCAUCGUCGUUGGAAUAGAAGCGAGCUGAGCUGAGGGUUUGACGUCGUUCCUUCGAGUGAUUAUACUGUAAAAUUGUAAUUACGUGAUAGGUUGCUUCUGUUCUCUCCUUAUUUUUUUUCGCUUUUCUCCCUUUUUUUCCCCCCUGAAAAUAAAAAAAUAAAUUGUUUUGUGUGUCGUCCUUGUCGCUUACUGAAGUGAGCCAUCAACCAAUCCAUCAGCCAAUCAAUCGAUCAGUCAGUCAAUAAAAAGUCAAUCUGUCAAUAAAAAAUCAAUCUUCCACGAUGUCGAAGUGGGUGCAGAGGACGAUCAUCUUGCCGCCUUUCCGGCGCGGGUGCCAUCUGGUCACAAACCAUAUUAAAAAGGAGAUCGAAGCCGACCUCUCGCCUUUCAAAUGUGGAAUAGCCCACUUGUUCUUGCAGCACACCAGCGCUUCGAUAACAGUUAACGAGAACUAUGACUGUGAUGUACUCAAGGAUGUGGAAACAUUUCUGAGCACAACAGUGCCUGAGGGAAGGAGCGCACCGUGGCGGCACACAAUGGAAGCGGGGUUCGGGGGUGGUCUUCGGGAGAUGAGAAAGAAGCUGUGGGAGAAGACGAGGGUGAGCAUAGAGAGGGCGAAGGCGGCAGCGCUGCUGGAACAUUCGCUCGUGGCUGGUAGCGCUAGGUGCCCGGGCAAGAAAGAAGCUGUGGGAGAAGACGAGGGUGAGCAUAGAGAGGGCGAAGGCGGCAGCNAACAUUCGCUCGUGGCUGGUAGCGCUAGGUGCCCGGGCAAGAAAGAAGCUGUGGGAGAAGACGAGGGUGAGCAUAGAGAGGGCGAAGGCGGCAGCACUGCUGGAGCAUUCGCUCGUGGCUGGUAGCACUAGGUGGUCUCCGGGAGAUGAGAAAGAAGC